AUGACUUUGCCCUGGAUUCAGCGUGGAAAAAGGCGUGCGAGCGAAGCUGAGCACAACGCGCCUAAAAGAAAGCGAGUCGAACAACGAAACCGUUCGAGCGUGGUCGUGCCCAGUGCAGCACCGCGGGUAAUGAUGGGAACAAGGCCAGAACAGCGACAACAUCAAUAUAUGCGAAGACACAGAAGAACCAUGGCGGUUGGAAGUUCAGCCCAAAUCCCAGAAUUUCGCCCACCGGGGCCAACUCGUCUCGGCUGCUUCCCCGAAGUCUCCCGUCACAGCGUGGCGUCGCUUUGCCGAAACCUAGCAAAUGUCCAAGUCGAAACCGAUGCCGGCUACAACCUCGCCAAGAUGUCCGACCUCAAGCCUGACAUGAGCGUUCAGGAGAAGCUAAUGUUAGGACUCCGAACUGGGCUACAACGCAGGGACGAGUACCGAGCCAAGGUUGAACAAGACCCAGCCCGUUUACGACAUGAAUCUCGAAACGAUAUCAUGGCUUUUGGUGGCAUCGAUAUGACCGACCUUGCCCUCGCCUUGCCGAAGUCAUUAAGACAGAAGGAAGUUAUCAACGCUGCUGAAGAUGAGAAACGGCGUUUGGGGUUUCCAUCCACGGAAGUUACUCUACCAGACAGAAGCCCGGCUUAUGCCAACGAGUGGUGGGACAUGUAUAACGCUUACAUCAGAGCCAGAUCGAUGUUUGUCAAAGGGGCCUCUCUCAGGCUUACGGCAGUAUCACGUCCAUACAACAAGACCGUCCACAGCAUUCCCGGAGUAAUUGCUCGGCGGCGGGCCGAUCAGAUCAUGAAUAUCGAGUGGCAACCCAGCUACCACGGCAUGUCAAUGAACAAGAGCUUCAGCGCCUAUCAAGCCAGGUCUAUGGAAUUGAACGGGUAUCGGAGGCGUUCGAUACAGUACGUACACUUCCAAAGGGAGAACAACGGGCAAAAGUCGUUUCCGGGGGGAGCCCUGGGUACUAAUGCAGGAGACGACGACGAUGACUCGAGUUUCACCACAGAGAGGUUCUUUGAACGUGAUCGGAAACACAAACUAUCAUUGAUAGACUUGGAUAUAUGGGUAUGCAUCGAGAUAACCAAGCCUCUGGCCCAAGUCAAUGGCCCAGCUCCGAUCGAACUGACACCAAUGCCACAAUCUUUCAUCAAGAUUGCUAUACCUUGUGACAGCAUCCUAGUAGUGGUAAACACCAGAAAGCCACUGCCCAUCAUGGAAGAGCAACUGGACAAGAUGGAACCUCCACAGCUUGGUGAUUUUGACAAGCUUACCAUUGGGAGGGUCGAUUCAGGCUUAGAGGAUGUGAAGAUGAGGCUAAAGAUUUCCGGAGACGGCGUGCCAAUCUUCGUGACCGGGUCCAAAAAGGGUCAUAUGCCGGAUGACAGCACACUUGACGACUUUCUCUGCGCAUCGGAUGUGACUGGUCUUCCCUGGAAAGAAACAGACAGACGUGUCAGCAAGAGUACGUUGUUGCUGAGAAAGGCCGAGUUCUGGGACCGCUUCAAUUUGGCGGCAGACGCCGACAAAGUGCGGUGGGAAUCACUCCAGGACGCCAUGGCGAGCGAUGAGUGCAUCGUAGACAUUACCUUUGAGGGUGAUUGGCAAGAAUUUGCCCCGGUUGCUCGGGCGUCUCAGUCAAGGUGGACGCCUGUGCAGCAUGAGUCGUCGCAAUCUCAACAUAAUAUCAGGCCGCAAGGUCUGAUUAGAGGGCAAAAUAACAGACAUCAAGGCAACACGGCUCCUUCUAAAAGUUCUGGGCUUCGCAACGAAGUCCAUUGGUAG